GCCAGAUCGAGCUCGAUUAUGACCCUGCGCCGCCGGUAACUACCGGGUGUCUAUCCAUAUCUAUUCUGAGCGUUUCGACAUUUCGGUUUAGACAAAAAAAAGUAAAAGAGAGGUCCGCCAAUGUCUUCCUCAAUAAUAGCGCUGCGCCCGGCCAUCUUGCGCCAGAGCGUUCUCGGAGCGACGAGGGUACAAUGCCGAUACAUGUCGAUGCCCUCCCGGGAGAGGAUGUUGCGAGAGAUGCGAAGGGCGGCUACAAAGGACUCCAAGAAGACCGACGUUGAGUCAAUGUCUGCGAUUCAGAAGAAGGCCAACGACGAGUACUUCAAGUCUGGCGGCGGCCCAUUGUUUCCUGGCACUUUCGUCCCUCUCCCCCUCUCACGAUACCCCUCCGGCAUCUCCAGCGCUCUAAACUACACAUGGUACCGAUUCCGCCAGUGGGGAAUCGAAUUCCUCUCUCUCCUCCAGUUUAAGCUCAAGUCUAUGCCUGGCUGGACGACACGGCCCAAGUGGAAGAUUGGUCGCGGCAAGAUUGCGCCCACCGCGAAGAACAUGUACAUGGAGAUGCUUGGGGCGUUUGCUGCCGGCGACAAGACUACCAUCAACAACCUAUGCCUCGGCCAAUUUGGAAAGAAGCUCACUGCUGCCAUUGACCGUCGCAACGCUGGCGAGCGUGUCACAUUUGAGCUCCUCAGUCUCAACAAGUCGUUGCUCUAUCCCCGCGUGGUGGCACACCAGGUUCACAACAUCAACCCUCACGACAAGGAUAACUGCACAGAGCAAGCCGUUAUCGCAAUCGCCUCAACACAACGUGUCGCAAAGUACAAGAAGCCUUCCGAUCAGCUCAUUCCUGGCAGCACAAAGGUGCAAGACAAGCUAGAGUACGUGGUGCUCUCAAGGCAAGUCAACGAGAAGACUUUCCAGUCCACACCAUGGCGAAUCUGGGGCACUGUCCCUGCCACAACGCUUGAGUCAUACCAAGAAGAGCAAGACUGGAUUAUGAGAGAGCAGGCUCAGCGCGCUGGAUGGAAAGGUCCUCUGAAAUAAAAGGAUCGAAUUGUAUACCACACGUGACUGGUGCUCACGAUGAAUGAGCCGAGGCGGACAAGGUGGGAAACGUGUAAAACGACAGUGUAUAUUGUACGAGGAGCAUAAAUGUACUAUAAAAUAGCAUUGGGGCCGGCGAACGGAUGUUUGCAAACUACUUCUCCAAUUCAAUUUUGAAUAAUUCACAUUUUAGA